GAUUUUGUUUUUGUUAGGAAAAAGAAUUGUUUUUCCGAGAAGUAUGGAAGACUCUAGACAUGAAGAAGAAAUUAUUGCAAAAACAUAUUGAUGUGAAGAGACGAUUUGCAGUUGGUUUCCAUGAUAAUGAAAGCAUUGAAAAAAUCAAGCUGUCCAUUGCUGAUAUUGUUUGCAAGCUCGAUCACUGGGGUGAAGAGCUUCCACAGUCAUGGGCUAUGUUCGAAACAUUCUUUCAGGAAAAGAAAAUCUGCAAGAUUUUGAGCAGAGGUGAACUUGAGUCAUUCAAUGAAACAUUGCCAGAGGGAAUAAAGCUCCACACUACGGAAGAUAUGAGUCCCAUGCUGCAGUUCUUCCAUGACGUCAAAGAAAUUAUACACUUCGAUCAGCAAAUUCUUAGAAACUUUAUUAUUCUCGAUGUUCAGUGGUUUGCAGAUGCAUUUAAAAAUGUCAUAACAGAUAAAAAUCAUGCAAAAGAAGAUUUAUUUGAAUUUGCCUCAGAAUGGGACAAAUUUGAUGAAACUGGAGAGUUAGAUGAAGCACUAUUAUCCGCUAUAUGGGAAAUGAACAACAAUGGCUACCUUGAGCACAAAGAGGAUAUUAUGAUGUACAUGGAGAAGUUAGGACUCUUAGCUGAAAUGAGCGACAAAAUAUGGUAUGUCCCCUGUAUGAACAAGAUGCGAUUUCCAGCUGCCUGUUUUUCAACAUACCAUGCCUCCUCCAUCCUCUGCUACACGUUUGAUGUUCUUCCUGUUGAAAUUUUCCAUCGUCUUGUAGCAACGUGUAUACAGAUUCCUAAUUGGGAGAUUUUUACAGAUGAAGACAGGGGAUGCAUUUACCAGACUGCAGCUAUUUUUGUGUUUCAGGACCAGCACCAUAACGUCAUGCUUGGAAUGACUCAAUCGGAAAUUCAGGUACAAGUGUUUGUUGUGGAGGGAGAAGUGGAUGUUUUAACCUGUCAUCAGAUUAGAGAAAACAUUGAGCGUAUAUUACACAAACUCUCCAACACAUUCCAGAAAAACUCAGAUUUCCAGGUUGCAUUCAAAUGCAAAUCUGCUGGAUUUUGUGACAGCAAAGAAAGCGCUCCUAUUAGUGAAUCUAAGUUUAUCAAAGAAACUUUUCUGUGUCCAUCCUGUCCGGCAAACAAAAAGCAUCGUAUCAUCACAGAAGAUAUAAAAAAAUAUUGGGAACAGACACAACCAAGUAAUCCCAGCAGUUCAACGGCUUCUGGACAAGACCUUGGGGGCCGAUCUAGAUUUGCCAAACUUGGAAUGGCAACAAAUGAUGUGUUGAAUCUAGCAUACAGAGAUAUACUAGAGAUGGAGGUCCCCCCUUCCCUUAUUUAUAACAAAGUGACAGCAUCACCAAAUUUUCACAAAAGAUUGCGCCCUGAACAAGAAAAACUCUUAAUAGAUGCCAAUCAUUUGGGAUAUAAGCAUUUUGAUAUUUCAUUGACAUACUCAUUGAUCAGAAACAUUUGUAAAAAGAUUCCUUUACCAACCAAAGGAAAAUGGGGAGACGAGCCUGCAGCAGGAGAGGAAACAGUCGGUGAUGAUAUCGAGAGAAUUAGGUCAAUCCGAAACGGUUUGACUGCUCAUGUAAGCUCAGCUUCCACCCCUCAGACAGAAUUCGAUGACACCUGGUCAAUGAUGUCAGAUAUCUGCCAAAGACUGGAAACCUUCACUGGAAAGAAUUACUUGGUCAGCCUUAAAAGAAUUCAAAAUUUGACAUUGAAAGAGGAAGAUGUUAUCAAUUUGGAGAUAUUGCGUUCUCUUGUUUCAGAUAUGCAAAAAAUUAAAAGUACAUUGAAGAUUAAAAGUUAGCAAGAUAUAAAUAAGAAUGUUUUUGUAACAUGUAGGGUGAAAUAUUUGGAAUAUCACAUUGCAGAAUUUGGAAAGACGUUCUUGAUUAGCCUUAAGCUUCCUGAUACUAGAAAAUUACCUUUUGAAAAAAAUUAAAUAAGGAUUAUUAAAAUAGAUAAAUGUAGUCAAGGAGGUUUAAAAUAUUUGCAUUACUCAUUGGAUGAAUGGAGUAAUUAAAUAACUACAUGAACUUUCUAUAACAUAUAACUAGUCUUAUUCAUAAUCAAAUAGCAAUGAUUGUGUAUGUAGGAUUUGAUACUUUAAGCUUAAUGUAUAGAAAAAAAAACAAGUUGAUGAAACUAGUAUAUUAACAAACUCAUUCAAAGUCACCAUUUCAAAUUGGACAAAUUCGAUGAAACUGUAGAGUUAAGUGAAAAACUGCUAUCUGCCAUAUGGGGGAAUGAACAACAAUGGUUACCUUGAGCACAAAGAGGAUAUCAUGAUGUACAUGGAGAAGUUAGGAGUCUUAGCUAAAAUGAGCGACAAAAUAUGGUAUGUCCCGUGUAUGAACAAGAUUCGAUUUGCAGUUGACUGUUUUUCAUCAUACCCUGCCUCGUCCAUCCUUUGCUACACAUUUGAUGUUCUUCCUAUUGAAAUUUUCCAUCGUCUUGCAGCAACGUGCAUGGAGAUUCCUUGGGAGAUUUUAACAGAUGAAGAAAGAGGAUGCAUUUACCAGACUGCAGCCAUUUUAGUGUUUCAUGACCAGCACCAUAACAUCAUGCUUGGAAUGACUCAAUCAGAAAUUCAUUUGCAGGUGUUUGUUGUGGAUAGAAAAGUUAAUGUUUCAAUCUGUCACCAGAUUAGAGAAAACAUUGAGCGUAUAUUACACUCCCUCUCCAACACUUUCCAAAAAAACUCGGAUUUCCGGGUUGCAUUCAAAUGCAAAUCUACUGGAUUUUGUGACAGCAAAGAAAGCUCUGCUAUUAGUGAGUCUAAGUUUAUCAAAGAAACUUUUCUUUGUCCAUCCUGUCCGGCAAAAAAAACGUAUCGUAUCAUCACAGAAGAUAUAAAAAAAAAUAUUGGGAACAGACAAAUCAGUAAUCGUAGCACUUCGACGGCUUCUGGACAAGAUCUUCUGGGGCGAUCCAGAUUUGCCAAACUUGGAAUGGCAACAAAUGAUGUCUUACAUCAGGCCUACAGAGAUAUUCUAAAAUCAGAAGUACCCCCUUCUGAUAUUGAAAAUAAGGUGAAUUCAUUAUCAGGCAAAGACCGGAAGAAUUUGAAGUUGAACCUUGAUCAGGAAGAUCUUUGAAAAAAGCAAAAAAUGCAUGAUAAAAGGAAUUUGAUUAUUCCUUUACAUACAAGAUGAUAAGAAGCAUUUGUUUAACGAUCCCAAAACCAACAAAAGGAAAAUGAGGAUACCAGCCAGAAGCAGGUGAGGUGACAGUGGGUGACGAUAUUGAGAGAAUUAGGUUUAUACGAAAUAGAUUGGCUGCACAUGUGAGCUCAGCUUCUACCCCUCAAAAGCUUGGUCAAUGAUGUCAGAUAUCUGUCAAAGAUUGGAAUCCUUCACUCGAAAGAAAUACAUGACUGAAAUUAAGGAUAUUGAAAUGCUGACCUUGAAAAUGGAAGAUGAAGAAUCUAUUAUACAAAAGCUUGACAUGGAACAUAAUGAAAUGUUACAGACACUCAUGUCAAGGAAGUCAAGUUAGAUGUAAAAUAUAUUAAAAAAAGCAGUGUUGAAGCCAGGACACGCAGUUGCAAUGAACAAUGCAUAAGACGUAUAGUGGAAUUCUUCAUUAAAUACACGCGAUUGACUCGAAUACCUAUCUCAGCAAAUACCUGUUACAUCAUUAAUAUUUGGCAUGCUUAUGACAAACUAAGCAUCAGACUUAACUUCUGUCAACAUUGCCGAAUUUUUUAGAAUGAAAGAAGUUACUGUAAAACAUUGUGUUGAAUUAUUUGACUUUGUGAUCGAAACUUAUAUUCCGUACCUACAUACCUUGCUGAUUCAAUGAGUUGUUUUCAACUGAAAUAAUGUAGCAGUAAUGAUGGGUCGAAAAUUUGAAAAAAAAAUGUAGCGGUAAUGAGUUGUAUUUUUUCGUGAUGUAGCGGCAUUGUGGAUCUCCCAUUUGUUUACAUCAAAGUGAAAGCAUCAACAAAUUUUCUCCAAAUAUUCCGCCCUGAAAAAGAACAACUCUUGAUAUAUACUAAACUUUCGUGAUAUAAAAAUGUUGAUAGUUACAUACACAUUGAUCAGAAAUAUUUGUUCAACUUUUCUUUAAGCAAACAAAAAAUUAGGCAUAGACAUUGAUUAAGAAGUUGAUUGAAGCUUCACAUUUUAAUAUUUUUUAUGUAAUUCUGGUGCGACUGAAUACAAUGAAUUCAGUAGAUGUAAUGAAGAUGCACUUUACAGAGUAAUAAAAAUGUACAAAUUUGCAGUAGCCAAGUUCCUGAAUAUCUGAUUGACAUAAGCCAAAUUUUUGUUGUUAUUCAUCAGGUUACAGUACGAAAAAUUCACUCACUUCAACAAACCCAAAUGCAUACUACAAACGCAUAAGUCAAAUUUAAUUCCCGCUGUUAUUGAGAAUGGAACUCUUUAUGUCUUGUUU